UUUGGACCUCCCAGCGUGAGCCACUGAGCAGCGCAGCGAAAAAUCAACUGGAAGGGACUAAAUCGAUAAUGAUUUGAUUACUUACAGCCAUGCACAUAGGCCUACGGUUAUGCGUUCCUGUUCUUUAAGGAUAAACGAUCUGAAUACAAGUACACAGAGUUUUCUUCUGUUUGUGAACUGUUUCUUUCAAGGGCUUCGUCAAUUCUGUUAAGAAUUUUAGGACUAUUUCAAAUGGUUUCAGCUAUUCACCUGUUUGCCACCUGUUAUAGGGACUGUUGAUAUCCGUAGCUUAAGUAUUUUAGUGUAGAAUUAUGGGUAGAAUUCAAAUGAAUUUGUGCUGCGCUACAUUUUGGAGCAGGUCUCGUGGCUAACGCUGGGAGGUCCAAAUAGGUCCACGCAGCGCCGUUGAAACUCUUGUCCAAUGAGUCGCGCGUGUCAGUUGGUCCACGUCGUGCUACCCAGUGGGUUGCGCAGGUAUUUGGUCUAUACUGUGCGGUUCUUCUGAGUAGCUCAGUUUGGACCUGCUUUUGAGUUGUUUGGCUUCCCAUAAGUCACAUUCAAGGGGAAACUGCAGAUAAAAUCACUGCCAUAGAUAUGAAAGUGCACUUCCUCUUAAUCUCUACUUCAUUUCGAAAUUGGCCUGCUGUUCUGUGUGUGUGUGUGUGUAUGCAUUCAGGAUUUCCUUGUGUUUUGUGUUUCAUAAAUGAUUAUAGAGCAGUGCACACUGCAUGUAUGAGUGCUUAUGGGUGGAGGGUGUCACCAUGCCUUUGGCCUAUUAUGGGAUGCUUGAGUGUUAUGUAAUGGGUAGUCUUCUGGGGUGGACAGUUGGAAAGGGAGGUGUGGGGGGAGGAUCUUUCAAGAAGGAAAGAGUGCGAGGGAUAUGAAAAAUCACAUCUAGAGAUCAUGAAAGUGCACGGAUCCAACAUGGAGAGCCUGAGAGUCGUGGGCUUCAGCAUGCUGCUCUGUGUGGCUUUCUCUACAACUCUGAAAGCGAAAGAUGAGACUGUAUUCUUGGGCGAGGAUUAUCAAAUCUUGUUGCCAGCGGGCGGUGCUACGGUGAUCUUCAAGCCCAGGAUCGGUCCAGCACGAGAGCUGGAGAUGAUGAAGAACGGGGAAGUGAUCAACGCGCGGGUCAAACUGAGCACGACUCACCUGAAUCACCUGAUUCUGGAGAAUGUUGGAGAAAGUGAUGAGGGAGUGUACAUCAUCAGAUCUGAGCAAAACCCAAAUAACAUCAAGCAGCUCAAUGUCAUCGUCAGAGAUUGCACAGUGGAGGUGAACGUGAUAUAUGGAAGAGACUUCACUAUUACGCUGCUGGGUAUGCCUGAAGGUGUGGGCUUUCGUCCCAUUGCCGUUGAGGCCAAUCAGACAUCUCAUCCGGCAUUAGAGCUGCUGACAGCCGAAGGACACGUCCAUGAGAAUUACGCGGAUCGCCUCAGCAUUACCGAGCAGCACGUCGUACUGAAAGCUGUGACUGGGGCUGAUGAAGGCAGCUACACCAUCACUCUAACCGGUGGGAAAGUGGGCAAAAAGAUAUGCCUUAAUGUGAAAGAGGAAUUGAAGUUUGUCACAGUGCCAUACGGAGGCACGUUUAAGCUGAAUCUGCACUUGAACAGUUCGUCUGCCCGUCUGAUCUUCUCACCCGACUUCGGCAGAUCUGACAACAUCAGCUGGGUGAUUAUGGAUAGGGGCGAACUGAACCUGCUUCCAGAUCACAACCUGGAGGGCCGAUUCUCCAUGGACAACUCGAUGUGUAUUCUGAAGCAAGUGAAGGCCAGUGACGCAGGACUGUAUCAGGUCACUGAUCUACAGGGCUUCUCCGUGUCAAAAUUCUACUUGGGGGUGGAACCAUACAGGCUGCCUAAUGUCUUUUUGGCAGUGAUUUCUCUGCUGGCUUUGCUGGUGGUGCUGCUGCUGGUGUGUUUGGUGUCAUGUCUGGUGAAGGUGCGCAAAAGGGCAGCAAAAGCCAAAGCCAUCGAGAAGAUUGCAAAAAAUGCAGGCAAAGAGGAAGGAAAUGCCUUUAGACAGGUAGUGAAGGAAGCUUGCUGCCGUCAAAAUGAUGACGCUCCGGCUCUCUCACAAAAAGAAGAUAUUACAGAGAAAUCCCAGAGCACUGAAAUCAGCAUUAAGGGUCUAGAAGUGUCUGCUAAGGACACAAGUAUCCAUGAAAAGAACCUGGAGACCAGCGACUCAGGAGUAGGCUUCACCACUGCAGGCCUUCCACUGGACAGUGAUACUGAGGCACCAACAGUACCCAUUGGAGAAACCGAUUUCCUGAGCUCCUCUGUUGCUUCUGAUGCCAAACCUAUUGCCAAACAAGAGUCCAAACUAACUCCGUCUUCACCUCCCAAACCAGCACCAACCCCUGAGGCGAAGCCAGUAUCCGAGACACCGGUUUCAGCAGCAUUGAAGCCAGCACCGUCUCCUGAACCCAAACUCUCUGUAACACCAACACAAGAAACAAAAACGACCAUCUCGCCCACUCCUGAGUCGAAACCAAGCUUGAGUCCGUCUCCAGACCCAAAGCCUGCAGUGACACCCGAGUUGAAACCAGCGGUUAGCCCUUCUCCUAAAGCCACACCAACCCUAGAAGUCAAACCAACUCCCACUUCUGAUGUCAAACCACCCCCAAGUCCUGAACCUCCAAAAGCGGCGACACCAACACCUGACUCAAAACUAGCCGCCACCCCAACUAAAAUGGCAGUCUCUCCAGCUUCUGAUCUCACACCAACCAAACCUGAUGGCACACCAUCUGCUGUGAGUCCUUCAUCAGCAGCUACUAUUGCAACUCCUGACACCAAGCCUGCCCUCUCCCCAACUCCUGAUGCAAAACCAACCACUAAUGGUACCCUUGAGUCCACCCCAGAUAUAGGAUCUUCUGAGUCUAGUGCUAUCCCUGCAAAAACCCCAGAGACUGAAAAAAGCUCCGGAAAGGUUCCCGAGGUCAUCUCGACCGGGGCUCCAGCUCCAGAGGCCAAGCAAGACUCGGCCUCCGCCAGCGAUGGUGCUCCUGCCUCAGGAGUGGAGGAAACUUCCACCACCUGAGGUCCAAACCCCUGCCUGCUUACUGCUCCCUCCACAUGUCUUUUAACACCGCUGACAAUCGAGAUCUAACAACAAGCAAAAACUCACCAACUUAUUAUGGGAGGGCAAUUUUAGUCUACUAAAUCUCACUCUUAAUGCAUAACUAACAUACACUGUAGAUUUACCUGAUUAAUUCAUAUUUAAUCACUUUGUAACACGGUUCUAUAAACACAGAGACAUACCACUACAGGUGUUCCAUUGACUUUAUCUAAUGCAGGCUGAGAAAGGCUGCCCCUUACAUGCAAACAAGAUGUACAGAUGCAACAUCCUUAUGAUACCUAAAUAUGAUUCCACUGCAUGCAAAAAAAAAAAAAACAACAAAAAAAAAUAUCAAGAGAAUGAACUAACUUCAAUUAAUCUUUGAUGUAUUUGAGGAUUGUGGUAGUGAACUGGGUGACGGUGACCAUAGAUCCAAAAGAGCAGUCUUCUUCUUGUUCCUACCCCAGAGACAUUGGCUCCAUAUAUUUCUUUUCAAGCCUUAAAGAAUAACAUCCACAUCAAUCGAAACAAUCAUCGGUACAAAUCAGAAAAUAACACUGAAGGUUAAAAAGUAUACCGAUCUGAAAAUGUUUACUGAGCUGGAAGAAAGAAAAAAAAAAAGAUCUGACGCGGAACACCUAGGAACGCUUGACAAUUACCAAAACCUGGACCUUUCUGACGGAACUGUUUUUUUUGGAGUAAUUCCACUGAAAAGAACAUUUCCAGGCCGCAUUACAAACGCUAGAACCCAUUUUACAGGAUUCUCUCUCCCAAUGUCAACACACGAGCAGAGCUUUCCAACACAGGACUGACUUAAAAAGGUAAUCGGGAAAAACCUACUAAUGUAAAGUCAUAACAUUCCUUCUUUUCAAGUUAUUUCUACUGUUAGAUACUUUCAGUAAUAUAGGCAAAAACAAAAAAAAUUUAGAUUUAGAUCUAACUGGCAUGUUACAGUAUUUGUUUAUGGCUGCCUAUUCUGAAUUGUGUAAUGUUUUAUGAGGAACUGCAGAAUGAUUUGAAAUGGUCCCAAAUACUUGUAGAUUGAGAUGAAGGGUUUAGUUACUGAUCUUAACCAUGGACUUACUUAAAUACGGGGAGACGAUCAUAAAUCGGUGCUUUUACUCCAGGAAUCUUAGGAACGAUUGAUUGUUUGGUCGAUAGAGUUUCAUUAAGUUUUCCCAUCAGCUAUCAGAAUCAGUUUACAGAGAUUUUGGGUGCCUCUUGUGGAAUCUGACCACCACUGCCCUUUUGCUAUUGCACCAAUAGUGUAGGAAAGGAAGCAGUUCUCUGUGAGCUGUUUGGGGCGGGAUUCUCUUUUAUUCGGAAAAGGCUCGUAGUUCGUUUACAUGACGUCAGGGUGUAACUAUAGAAAGUCAGAUUUUAGUAUCGGGUAGAUUUUGCGAACACAGACGAUGCCUGAACCUCAUACUGUAAAACAUCAUACAGACACUAAGAAGACUAAGUUUACUGUAGCGCACCGAUGGAAAAAGGUCCAGACUUGAGUUUCGGAUUAAAGCACAAAAUAUGAUCUCGAUCUGAGGCUUUACAACAUUUUUGAAACCACGGCAUUACCAACACCCUCCUCCCUCGCCAUUACCUCAGAAUGGCCUUGUUCUUUCUAAGCCUUUUGCACUUGUAUCAGUAUUAUGAAUCGAAAUUUUAAAGCCGUGCGGUCUUACGGCGUACGUAACAUGACAUGACACAUAACAAGUGCGUUUGUAAGUCACUUGUAUUACCCACUCUAGAUAAUUAGCCACCGGUAAUGUUUAUAAAUAACAUUCUAUCUGGUUUUUUUGCCUUUUUAUCACUGUAUGAGAAGUUUUACGCCAAAAACGUUGCCUCGAUAUCUCAAAAUCACAGAAUUAUCAGAUAGAAUCAUAUAAUUAUACGAUCUCAGAUGGCUCAGAAAUAAGACUUCUGUUACAUAAUUAGUAGCUGUAGUUGCAGAGGGUAUGCUAGCUACUAAUAUUACCCAAUCUAAUAAAUCUUACGAUCACUCUCGCUUUCACAAUCUCUCGCUCUCUAACCUAAGUGCUAUAGGCCAUGAGCCGUUUUACUCCCCAAACAGCUGGUCUGUCAUUUCAAGAUCGAUUUAAGCAAUACUAAGUGCAAAGACUAUGCACAUUCGCACACGUCAGUCAUUAAGGCGGGAGCUCGUAAAACGGGUUCCGCAAGGCAAUGACGAAGGAUAUGCACCAUUUUUCUUCUACACUUAAUAAGAAUCGGUGAAUUGCACAUCGAGUAUAUAAGCAUGCUAUUAUUAUGUCCAUAGUCCCUGUGUCAUGAUUCAUUUAGAUCAAAUCCGCAAAUCUAAUCUGAUCCAAUUCAUGAGGCAAUCAGAAACGCCGAAGGAAUAAACAAUCCAUACAUGAAGACGUUUGGUUAUAUGGCAUGAAUACACUUGGGAACUCGCUGAGAUUAUUGUAGGUUUAAUUAAAGCUACACCUUGUUGUUUUUUAACCAAUUAAAACGAAUGAACAAAACGUUCCCUAGUGAGCAUAUUCUGUAAACUAAAGUUCUGAUUUUCUACAGCAUGGUAGUACUAGUACAUUGGAGUGCAUCAGGGUCUACAGAGUGACAGGAAAAGGGUCAGGCAUGCAUAUCGCUAUUUCCUCUGCACCAGAUGAAGGUGAAACGCCUUGCUCAAGGGCACGACGGCAUUUAACAAAGCAGAAUGGGGGCAACUGACCCAUUCUUCCAGACACCAGCUCUUAAACAUAGUCUCCGUAAGACGAUGAAAUCUCUCUUUGUAAUCCGUUCACUAACCUGUAAACUCUUCACCCUGUCACGUGCUUCACUGGAACGCGAAGACACACGUACACAGCCGAUGACUGAAAUGCUAGUUGAAAACGAUUAUAUAACCUCUAGACGAGUAGUAGUCAUAGUAACUAAGUGUGUUUGCUAAAAGAUAGCUAAGAUAUAGCAUGAACUCAGUGAAAUCAUUUUCUGAACACUGCUAAGUGAUAACAUGCAUCCCUUUUUGUAAAAAACAAAACAAAACAAAACAAAAAAACAACAGUGCUGUUUUGUUUAAUAUUUAGUGUACGCCCACCAAGGCGGUGCAAUGAUUUGUCUCCACACAUGUUUGUAGUGUGUGCGCAGUAUGUGUGUGUAUUCCGUGUUUGGUACUUGUAUUUACUAUUGGCAUAUAUGCAUUAGAUGGAUGUAUGUGUGUGUAUGGGUUCUGUGUUUACAAUAAGACUACACUGGAUAAAUGAUGGGUCAUGAACACCACUGGUUGCUGGCAAUUCCUCAACCAUUUCAUAAGGAAAGCUGCCCCGUUUUUAACAUCCCACCGCCUGUAGCUGUUUCUGCUCUCUCUUUCUCUCUCUCUCUCUCUUUCACAUACACACACACACACACACACACAAAACUCAAGACCUUACAUAAGACCUCCGUUUCAAUUUCCGUGGCUAAUUGUUGGGCUGUGACAUCAGGAGUGACGGGAUGUGAUGUGAUGUACAAUAACUGCAGGGUUUGCGUGUUUUUUAUGGUGUCACAGCGCAGAUGGAGAUGUUUGACCGGUAAUGUGUGUGAUUUAUAGAUUUUAGGAGCUCUUAUAUCUCUGUACUGGAGAUUUGUACCGCUUUCCUCUUCAGAGAACAGUAGGUCAAAGGAUCAGCAGGUCAUUUACCGAAGCAUGUUUUUCUUUCCAACUAAAAUGGUUCAAAUUUAAACAAACGAAAACAAACAACUGUCGAUCAGUUUUAGAGACUAGAGCUAAAAAUCAAAUUGCUUAAAGAUAUAUCGAGUCAUGAAAAGGGGGAAAAGGUCGAGACAUCUGUACUGGGUUGUCGUUAGCGAAUACUUUUGGUCAUGGUGGAUUUACGGUGAGGAUGAUUGGUCAGUGUAUGUUGUUUUCAUUUGUUUGUUUUUUUUCAUUUUGAAAUGAAAAUGGCUCCUUUUUCUUUUUUUAUUUAAAAAAAAAAAAAGGAAACAAUAAAACAGGAAAUAAUUUUUUUUUUCAGAAAAUAAUUUAAAAAAACAAAAAAAAACAACAACCUAAAUAUUGAAACAUUUUAAUUGCUUCAACUUGUUCAUCACACAAAGUCUAGAAAUCAUAUACGAAUCCAAUAAAUAAAUAAAUAAAUGAAUCAGGAACACUGCAAUACAUUUCAGCAUGAACCAACGUGACCUGGAAGUACAAGCAGGCUCUUCAACAGAUUAUUCUCUAGAACCGUAUAAAGAUAUGCUAAAAAUGGGAUCAACAUAGAGUCCUGUGCAAAAGUCUUGAAAAGACAUACUGUAAUGCCUAAGGAUGCCUUCAAAAAUAAUGAAAUUAAACCUUCCUACAUAGGUAUUGAAUUUUAU